UUUUUGUACACUGAUUGCUUUUACACCCAUAAAGGCUGUAAAAGCAAUCAUUUCUCCUUCUCUCCUGGCUGCAUUCAUGCAGCCAUUGAGAAAUACUGUGUGAGCUGUGAUUGGUCACAGCUUGUCACAUGGUACAAGACUGUUGUGAAUGGCCCUGUACCAUGUGAUCUCUGUGAUCGUUCACAGAUUCCACACAUAGUAAGCAAUGAUGUCAGAAGUGACACCUUGCUUACUACUCUGCAUGUGGUCACUGAUUGGCCAAUCAGUGAUCACACGAUCGUGACCUCGCACAGAGGUCCUGUACGACGAUCGGUGUUC